AUUAACCACAACCUCAUUUUUGAAGGAAAGAUAUACUUAAAUUAUGAAUUAGUGCACGUUUGCAAAUGUUUUGCGAUUAGCAAAAGUUAUUUAAAAGAAUUGAUAUUUUAGCUUCCAGAUAAUUCCCAUUAAGUAUACGAUGCCUUUAGCCACAGAAUUAAAUGGAAAUAAAAAUAAUCCAGCAAUGUUGAAACUCCAUAUUGCACGUAAUUAUAGCAAAAUUGACUCCGUUAUUAGUUUUAACAAAAAGGAACAUCCCACUUUGGAAGAGAGUAAAUGGGUGCCUCAUAUUAAACUGGACAAUGAUAGGAUAAUAUUUACUCCUAACGCCGCACUUUGGUAUUUAUUUCAGCCUUCAACCGAAUAUUCAGAUAAAGUGAAUGAGUAUCUUGAACUAGAUUCAACAUUAUUGUCACCAAGUUUGGCCCAUGUCUUAGGCAGUAAUUUGGAAUCUGACAAAUAUAAGAGUUUGUUAACUAAUGUUCUUAAAAAACUGAAUGCUGAUCUCCUAAAUAAGUCUGUUCUUGUUGGAGAUGAUGUAACAGCAGCAGAUAUAUCAUUAUGGAGCACUCUGUUUCCUUUAUAUAGGUCAGAGAAGCUAAAUAAAGAUUACCUCUCAGAUAAUCCUAACCUAGUGAGUUGGAUUCAAAAAUUAGAGCUCAUUGCUGAAUUUAAGAAUGCUGUGUCUGCAAUUUUUCCACCCGGUUUCAAUAUUGGGGAAUCCUCCUAUCAAAUAUUGCUCCAAAGCAGUAAAUUCUUUUUUUCAAAUUUUGUAAAACAUAAAAAAGAGUUUUCUUAUGAGACAGAUGUUCAGAAAAAUGAAAUUGAUUCUAUCUCAGUCGAAGAACUUGAAGCUGCCGCGAAGGCUUGGCAAAAAACAGGAGAUCAAUUACCCAAACUAAAAACACCAGAAACAAUAAUCGUUCCUAAGACAAAUGAAAAAAACAUUUUUAUCACCUCGGCACUGCCAUAUGUAAACAAUGUCCCUCAUCUAGGUAAUAUUAUUGGAUGUGUACUCUCCGCUGAUGUGUUUGCAAGAUUCUGUCGAUUGUGCAACUACAACACAAUUUUUGUCAGUGGCACUGAUGAAUAUGGCACUGCCACUGAAACAAAGGCCUUAGAGGAAGGAUUGUCAUGUCAAGCAAUUUGUGAUAAGUAUUACAAAAUUCAUGAGGAAAUCUAUAAAUGGUUUAACAUCAGUUUUGAUACUUUUGGAAGGACAUCAGCACCAGAACAGAAAGAGUUAGUUCAGGAGCUAUUCUUAGAAUUAAACCACAAUGGUUUUAUGUUUACUCAGUCAGUGGAGCAGCUACAUUGCGAGAAAUGUAAUCGUUACUUAGCUGACAGAUUUGUAGAAGGUGGAUGUCCAAAUAUUGGUUGUACUUAUCUGGAUGCCCGUGGUGAUCAAUGUGAUGGCUGUGGAAAAUUGGUCAAUGCUGUGGAAUUGAAAAAUCCUCGUUGUAAAGUUUGUGGAAAUACUCCAAAAUUGACAACAUCCAACCAAUUUUUUAUUGACUUACCUAAAUUGGAACCACUGUUGCAUCACUGGUUAAAAUUUUCCAGUCCUGGAUGGUCUUACAAUGCAGAUGUUAUAACUCGAUCUUGGUUAAAAGAAGGUCUUAAGCCUAGGUGUAUUACUAGGGAUUUAAAGUGGGGUGUACCUGUUCCAAUAGAUGGAUAUAGGGAUAAGGUUUUUUAUGUGUGGUUUGACGCUCCGAUCGGAUACAUGUCGAUAACAAAAUCAUAUACCAAAGAUUUUGAAAAAUGGUGGAAACCUUCAAAAAAUACUGAGAUUACAUUGUAUCAGUUUAUGGCGAAAGAUAAUGUUCCCUUUCACUCAGUAUUGUUUCCCGCAAUGUUAUUGGGUGUUAAUAAAGGAUAUUUAACGGUGUCCCAUAUUUGGGCAACAGAGUACUUAAAUUACGAAGAUGGCAAAUUUUCAAAGUCUCGUGGGGUUGGUGUAUUUGGAAAUGAUGCAAGGAAUACUGGAAUACCCAGUGAUGUAUGGAGAUUUUAUUUACUUUCUAUUAGACCAGAGACGCAAGAUUCAAGCUUUAGUUGGAUAGAUUUAGUAACAAAAAACAACUCUGAAUUAUUAAACAAUUUAGGAAACUUUGUCAAUAGGGCUCUUGUUUUUGCUAAAAAUAGUUUUGGCAAACAAAUUCCGAACAUGGAGCUGACUCAGGAAGAUUUUUCUUUAUUGGCUCUUUGUACUAGGGAAUUUAAAAGCUACACGUCGUCUUUGGAAAAGGGAAAAUUAAGAGAUGGUCUUAAGUACAUUCUUCAGAUCUCAAAACAUGGAAAUCAGUAUAUACAAGUGAACCAGCCAUGGGUUUUAGUUAAAGGGAGCAAGACAGAUAAGUCAAGGGCUGGAACAGUGGUUGGUGUAUGCUGCAAUUUGGCUUGUCUUAUUGCCACUUUGAUAGAGCCAUAUAUGCCAGAUACUAGUGCAAACCUGAAGAGACAGUUGAAUUGUAAAAGUUUUGUUAUUGAUCCCAGUAAUCCAGAAAUAGUGAACCUUUUACCGGCUGGUCAUCAGUUAGACAAUCCUGCACCCUUGUUCACCAAAAUUGAACCUUCAGUGGUUGAGGAACUGAGAAAAAAAUUCGCUGGAAAACAAGAAACUAAAUUGCCUUCUCAAACAGAUGUUGAUAUUGGAAACCUCGAACAACAAAUUGUUCUACAAGGUGAUAAAGUUAGAUUACUUAAAUCAAGUGGUGCCGACAAAAGUGUUUGGCAGCCUGAAGUUCAAACUUUGCUUGAACUUAAGAAGAAAAUGGAGACUGUUAAAAAACAAACAAAGUCGAAAGUGAUGAAUAAUACAAAAACUGAAACUGUGGACGGACGUGGGAAUGAUAUAGAAAUAGAAAAUUUAGAAGAGAAAAUUGCCAAGCAGGGUUCUGUAGUAAGGAAACUUAAAGAAAGCGGUGCUGAAAAAUCAGUGUGGCUGCCUGAGGUUAAUAAGUUGUUGGCGUUUAAAACUGAAUUGGCUGCUGUGACAGGUGUUCCCAUCCAGGCCAAUCAGACUAAUAAAAAAAGUAAAAACAUUUAUCGCCGUAAAUGAAAAGAAAAGUUAUGACAAAUCUGGAAAUUUACAAAUGGUUGCAUAUUUUCCUGUUUUUUGUUCUCUCGUUGAACACUGUAUUAAUGAAAUUGGUGCUUUUGGAUGUAACAUUAUUUAUUUCCUUUUCACUAUUUAUUUGAUUGUCAAUUUUGUAUGUAAAGCCUUAUGUCGA